AUGGUGGCUGCUGGUAGGAAUCCCAAGGACCUAAGACUACCGAUAGCCUUAACCGAGGACUGGGGGAAGAAGAACCUUAAGUACUACUCGGGCAUGACUCGCGCCCAGAGCACGAUGAUGUUCUCAUGCAGGACGGAGCGCAUCGGCCUCCGGAAGUAUCUUCACGACUGCUGCAUUCCUGGCUUCGAGUCCCCGAGGUGUCUCUGCGGACGUUCCCGAGAGACAGUCUUCCACCUUCUUGUUGAAUGCCCCAGGCUGCGUGAGGCGAGAAUGGGCCUGUUUCAGCGGCUAGGCCACAAUGACUUCACAACACUUCUUACCAAGGACGCCAAAAUCGUCGCCGAAUGGGCCAUCUCUUACUUCGAUCUCGCAAUGUUUGACUCUGUCAGAGAAAGGUCCUCCCGAUUCCCCGUGUUUCCGCAUCUCAUUUCGCCCCGCCCCGAGGGCUUUCUCGACACUCUGAGAGCUUCGUCUACAGCAAGACGCCGAACACGCACUUCACGUACCUCACGUACCUCACGCACUACCACCAACAAUCCACGCCGUCGCUCUGCACCGCGCGCUUCGCCGGCGACGACUUCGACAUCUCCCCAAACGCCCCAAACGCCCCAGGCGCCCUCUCCGCCGCCGAGGCGGAAUCCGACGCGCUCAGCCCGCACCACGACCUCAUACGAGUUAGAGCCGCUUGCUUCCGAAGACAUUUAG